CGGCACUUGUGUUGUUAUUGAAUGUUGUUGUUGCUCAUUUCGCAAUUUCGAAUGUUCGAAAAUUCGAAUAAAGUUGUCGUUGCAUUAGUGUACGUGUUGAAAUGUGUCAAAAAAGCGAGCGAAAUUUGUAAGCUUGAUGGUCUCGAAAAGUGCCUUGAAUCAUGACGAUCAUCUUCGAACGGCGACAGGUAAACGAUAAAGUGUUGGUCGUACAGUUUCAAUUCGACACGCACGAUAUCAAAUCAAACGGUAGACAAGUUGAUGGCAUUUCGCUCGAUAAAUAUGUUGGGCUCGAUGUUUGGACACAAAUCUAUGCGAAGCUCGAAGAGCCGUUGGAACGGUACCGAAGUGGCAUUGAUACACGUUUGAAAGAGGAAAUCAUUACGAUGCGUCGAGCUCAGUUGGAGCUAAAAGUGUCAUGGCGAAGUAAACAACCGUAUCACAGAGAAAUUGUGAACCUAGAAUUGAAGAAAGCUGAUCUAUGCCCCUAUGUAAUGGUGGUCAAAAUUGUCAUGGUAUCAGCGCUGGACAAGUAUAAAAAGCAACAUUCACAAGAGAAAUUGACUACUGAAAAGCCGGCGACAAAAUCAAAGUCUACCGUUCGGUCAUCGGACGAAUCGAAUGGAGAACGCAAAUCGAAUGAUUCAUCAUCGGCGGUCGAUGUUGAAGAAUAUGUGCCAGCUGGCAGUGUGGCAAACAGUUUCAAAUACACUCCGUCGACGGUAUCAAGCAGCAACGAAAAAUCUGAUAAAUCCAAUGAAUACUCACCAACACAUGGCGCUGAUGACAUUGUUACCUAUACACCCACCAAAAUUGGCGAGAUCAAAAGCCAUAAAGAUCAGAACACCAAGCACAAAUUGAACAUGAAAACUGAUGUAAAUCGUAAUGAUUUUGUGAGCAAAAAGAAACGCAGCGACGCUCCGAAAAUUAACGAUUUAUUUGGAGGCGAUUCAGAUGAUAGCAACAGCCGUCUGAAUAAGAAUUUACGUUCGGCCAAGAAAACAAUUCAGACCGACUCGUCGAAAGAAAAACACCAACCAAAAAUCGAAGAUUGGGUAACGACAAGACAUUCCAAAAAGACUCCGAAUCCCAUCGAAAAUGGUGCACCCGAUGAUGUACAAAAGAAACGCAAAAUUGAAAACGUUAACGCCAAUGGAACAACGGCAAAAGAUGAAGAAGCCAAAAAAUUGCGUGCUCUUCGAGAGGAAUUUGAACAAAUGGACAAACCGGUUACCAUCGAUAACAUUAUUAAUAUAAAAGAUAUGUCGAAGGUUGAACUCAUGGAAACAUUUCUUGAUCAUGAAACAGCAUUGCGGAAAAAGUUCCGCAACUAUGCAAAGGUGCCAGACCAUACAAUCAAUCCGUGUCACGAUGAGUGCGAUUAUCUAUUGAUUUUGGAUGCAUUGGUCGAACCAGAGCAGCAAAUAGAAAUGUAUCAAAAACUACGUCAAACAUUUUGCCAAUCCGACCCACUCGAUGCCAUUACAUCAAAACACGAGAAUCUAAUUUGGAAAUGUUUGUUGCCGGAAUGGGCACUACAAGUGUUCAUGGAUAAACACUUCCUGACGCAAGAUGAAGCUAUGGAGCGUUUGCGGCAGCAAGAUCAGUUCAAAAUUCAGGGUGAUGCCUCGGGAUUUGACAUUGAAUAUUAAUUUAGUACGGACUACCGAUCGAAUUUACACCUUACAUAUAAGUACUUACUAUAUUGACUGAUGAAAAAAAAUGAAGACAAGAAAAAAUGAAGACAAGAAAAAAAGACGAAAUGAAGAAUACGUAAAAGAUGCUGUGAAAUGAAAAAAACUUUAAAAAAAACUAACAUCGUUAUUGUGAAAGUCAUGAAUUUAAGAAAAAUGUUGGAAUUUAAAAAUAUUGAAAAAAAAAAGCGAAGAAUUGAAA